AAAGUGAGUCGACUUCAUAUGGGCGCAUAUCUGUGUAUUGCACAGAAUGGUGUCCCGCCGUCUGUCUCCAGACGUAUUGUAUUACAAGUUCACUUUCCGCCAAUGAUUUGGAUCCCAAAUCAAUUAAUCGGAGCUACGAUUGGAGGAGAAGUGACAUUAGACUGCAAUACAGAAGCCUUUCCCUUAUCAUUGAAUUAUUGGACAAAAGACGAUAAUUAUAUGAUUGUUUCGAGUGAUAAGUUUAAGACAUCUAAUUCUGAGAAGUCAUAUAAAGUACAUAUGAAACUAACGAUCAAAAACAUAGACAGCUCUGAUUUCGGCACAUAUCGUUGUUAUGCGAAAAAUAGUUUGGGAUCGACGCAGGGCUCGAUCAGACUUUAUGAGAUUCACUACUCCAACGCCAAAGAGCCCUCAACUGCAAGAAUACAGAGUAUGAAUGUCUACAAUAUGCUGUAUAUGUUUGGCUACAAUCAAGUCAAACAAAAGAAGAACAUCAAAACUAGUGAUACGUUGGAAGGAGAAGAAGAUUACUCCAACGCUUCCAAUACUUCCAAUUCUGUUAAGAGAGGAAAUCAUCAGAAACUCAUCACAAAUAAACAGAUUCAGCAAAUGUUGACUCAAAUUGAAAAACGCUCACAA